AUGGAAGCAACUGUGUCGAACAACAUGGCGCAGUCCAUAUGCGACUCUCUCAAGCUACGUUUGCUCGAGCACCCUGACAUGUUCGAAAACAGCUCGGACACACUUGAACAGGUGAACUAUUCGCUGGUCGAAUUGGCGCAUAACAGAGGAUGCAUUGCAUUGGAGAUCAACGAACCGAUCAACGCGUUAAAAUACCAUACACUUUUCAAUGACACCAUGGUCAAAGAAAAGCACAUACACCAUCCUGAUGACAUGCGACUUGCUAUCUCCUGGAACGAACUAGGCAACGCACACAUGCUCAAUGGUGAUUGGAAACAGGGAGAAGAGUGUUUCAAGACCUCCAUAACAGAGAUGCAGAAGUACGGCAAAUUCAAACCAACUACCAUCUCAUUGCCUCUUGCGAACCUGGGAUUAGCAUAUUGGCUACAGGGAAAGAACGAUCUCGCUUCAAGCACUCUUUCGAAAGGGUUUCGAGAUAGGGAAGAGGAGUUUGGCCAAGAAGAUCGCGAAUCAUUCAUCACAGGCCGUUUCUUGCAUGCUCUUGGGAAUGUGGAAGCCAGUUUCGACUACCACCGUCGAGCGCUUAUGCAUUACAAGUCAACCCUUGGAAAUCGCCACCACCGUACCGCUGACAUGUUCGUCAAAGUAGCCGAGCACAACAUCAUGCUUGGAAAUCCAGAAAUGGCUCUCGCGCUCCUCGAUCAUUCACUUGACGCUUUUUCAAUCUCACAUACGUUCAUGCCAGAGAAGACUCGGGCUAGCUGGAUGAGAUACAAGGCUCUCACUAGACUAAGACAGUACAAAGACGCUGAAAGGGAGCUCACAGCGUGUUUUCAAACCUACAUCAAGCUGCGGAGCUCACGUGAGGAUAGUCUACUGGAGAUCAAAAAACGUCCGGAGGACUUGGAUGAUCGAGAUAUCGACGAUCUCAUUGUUUUCUGGUCGAAGUGA